AUGCACGCUGUCAAGCACCAACAGCAGCUCUCUGUUGUCAGGGUAGUGGCUGGGCGUAAUCCUCUCGAGUACUCGGCCUCGUCGCCGUACACGGUUUUUCUUUUCCAAAGUGUGCUCAUCAUGAUUCUUUGUCAUUUCUUACACUGGCCAUUGAGCAAACUCAAGCAGCCACGGGUGAUUGCGGAGGUUAUAACGGGUAUUGUUUUGGGGCCUACAGUCAUGGGCCGGGUCCCGGGAUUCACAGCGAAUUGCUUUCCCACCUCGUCUAUUAGUGGACUUACUAUAGUAGCCAACAUCGGUAUCAUUUUCUUCUUGUUUAUUGUUGGUUUGGAAGUGGACUUGCGGUACAUCCGCAGAAAUGCACGUGUGGCGCUUACCGUGGGAUUUGUUAACAUGGCCGUCCCGUUUUCAUUGGGCUGCGGCAUUGCCCGGGGAUUGUACAACGAAUAUCAAGUAGAUUCACAACUGACACUGGUUCUGUUCACCACGUACAUGGUAUUUGUCGCCGUUGCUCUUUGCUUCACUGCAUUUCCUGUAUUGGCACGUAUUUUGGUAGAGUUGAAUUUGAUCGGCGAUCACGUGGGCACCAUCGUAUUAUCUGCUGGGAUCUUUAACGAUUUGGUCGGCUGGAUAUUGUUGGCUCUUGUGGUCACGCUUGCCAAUUCUGCAAAUAGUAUCCACACGCUUUACAUCUUGCUUUUGGCCCUGGCAUGGUUUUUGAUCAUGAUGUUCCCAGUGAAACGUGUAUUGUGCUGGUAUCUCCGGUGCCAUACAAACGACUUGAUCACAGGCCAGCCCUCACAGUCUCUGAUGGGAUUGAUUAUUGCCAUAGUAUUUAUAUCGGCUUUUUACACCGAUGCUAUUGGCGUGCAUCCGAUUUUCGGAGCUUUCAUGGUGGGUGUGUUGAUUUCGCGGGACAAUGGUUACGGGAUUCGGAUCACCGAGAAGCUAGAGGAUAUGGUGCACUUAGUCAUGAUACCCAUAUAUUUCGCUGUUGCAGGCUUGAAUGUUGACUUGAGUGAAUUGAACAGAGGUACAGAUUGGGCGUACGUGGUCGUGGUGGUUGUGUUGGCCAUGGCCGGCAAGAUUUUCGGCGGUUUUGUUGCGGCCAAGCUCAAUGGCCUAGUGUGGCGUGAAUCUUUAGCUGUGGGAGUGUUGAUGUCAUGUAAAGGAAUCGUGGAAAUCGUGGUGCUUAAUGUGGGCUUGAACGCUGGCAUCAUUUCCACCAGGGUGUAUUCUAUUUUCAUCCUCAUGGCAUUGGUUACUACAUUUUGUACCACUCCGCUUACGCUUUGGGUGUAUCCAGCCCAGCAUCGACACUCUGUAUCCAAGCAGCUAGUCAUUCCAGAAGGAAAACAGGAGCAACAAGCUCUCAUGGCCGAAAAAUCCACAUGUCUUUCUCUUGACACGCUCGAAAUGUUCUCGUUCCCAUCUGUCCACCUUCUUCUCCACAAAACCAGCGGAGUCUCGGACCUACUUAUGCUUCUCAAAGAUCUCCAGGAAUCCAACAGUUUUCGCAAGGCCACGGCCAUUUAUCUACGGGAGUUUACAUCCCGUACAUCGCAUUUGCUCGAGGCUUCUGCAGCAGGAGAACCUGAAAAUACAAAUGAGCAGGACAGCGAAGACUCAAAAGCAAUUCUUGCUAUUAUCGAGGCAUUUGGAUCGCUCCUUAAAACGAGGUUGCACACCAUGUCGCUUCUCGCACCUAUGGAGAAUUACAUGGCUUCCAUAAACAAUCAUUUGGCCGGACCAGCAAGCCUUGUGGUCUCGUGCAUUACGUUUCCCAGCAUGGCGCAGUCUGAUGCAGAAUCACUGGAAGCCAUGGCCAUCUAUAACAGGCUAAUUGACACCUGUUUGGGUCAUGUGGGUAUACUCUUGACCUCAGGCAACUAUACCAUUAAAAGCCAGCGCUCUAUUCUGCUUAUUCUCGACCAUGAUGACCGACUUACUGGUCUGGACUUGCUAAGCCUUCACAUGAUGCACCAGUUGACACGGAAAGGAUCGAUAAACCACGUGUACAUACGCUCAUCCACUGGGUUUGAUGACCAAUUCAUGCAACAAUUUGAUGCCUAUUUGAAGAGAGGCGCCGAAGAUGCCAAAUUGGAAAUUGCCUAUUUUCAAAAUAUAGACGAGAUUUUUGUCAAGGAAGAUAUGGAAAAAAACCGUGCAGUGAAGAGUUUCGCUAUGCGAGACAAAUUAGAUGUGUUGGUUAUAAGAGCAGCGCAGGCCAGACUUGAAUAG